CAGAUCAAGCAUGUAUCAGUUGUCACUCUCAAACAGGGUUUGAGAUAACCCCGAUUGAGCUGCGGAACCCUCAACACCAUCCUCGUCCAAGCUAGUGACGCCUUCCCGCCAGAUCGCCUCCGUGCGGUCUACACUUCCUCCCAACCCCCAUUGACUGUCCGCGGUCUUCGUUUGAAGCAUUGGAUCGACUUGAGUGUCAGUGUUUCCCCCAGGCCCACUGUUCUGCAUCCAAGCCUCGAUCUCUUCCUUUUGAUCGGGGGAUUUCAGCUUCUGGUUGUAGCGGUGAACUCUAACCUAGCUUCCCAAUCCAGAGUACUUAGGCCCCCUCCAAACGACGUCCAUCUCAAGGGCAGUCCAUAUCCUUACAUUCACGAGCCUUUUACCGUCGAGCUUUGUGCACUUAGCAAUGCUACACACCCAAGAUUCUAACCGAUAAUUGCGAGUUUCCAGAGGCUACAGCCUAGUUCACUCCUAUUCGUCUUUUACUGUGUGGCACGUUGAAUGCGAGGGUGGAGAACUGAACUAUUGCAAUCAUGUCGAAUAGAGCUGAGCCAGACACACCUCAUUCUCCGAGCCCUCUACGACGUGAACGAGCUCCAACGAUCACAAUCGAUACUUCCGCGGUCAAUUCCACACAAGUCUCAAAUCAGGAAGAAGGGAGAGGGUCAUCGAGCGAAAGCACACGGCCCGGUUCGAGCUCGUUGGCUGCUGGGCAACUGAUCCCGUCAAUUUCACCGACUGAACUACGACCCAGUCCUUCUCUCGAAGGACGAGAAUAUCGGGAGAGUAGGCCGACUUCACCCCAUAACGUCUCGUCACCGACUUCGAAAUGGAUUGAUUCCAGCAGCUCGAAUUUCCUGGCCGUUCCUGGAGCGCGGUCUAGGGGAAAUUCAUUGGAUUCGGAAGAUGCUGUGAAUUCGUCUAGUUUGUAUGGUGGGGAUACUGUCGCUCUGUCUUCGUCUGCAACGGACACGCCGAUAAAAGGGUCCCCGGAGAUAGAAGAUAUUACAAAGGUCAAGGAUGCGCUCGCACCGGAUCCCGGUACUGAAGCCGAUUUUGAGGUAGAAAACAACAAAUUUGCUUUCUCACCGGGGCAGUUGAACAAGAUGUUGAACCCGAAAAGUCUGGCUGCAUUCUACGCUCUCGGAGGGCUUGCUGGAAUUGAACAAGGCUUAAGAACCAACCGCGAUACUGGUCUCAGUUUUGAUGAGAGUUUGCUGGAUGGAACCGUGAGCUUUGAGGAGGUAACACGCCAAGGUGGCUCCCCGAAUUUGAAGCCCAACUCUCAUUCACCACCUCCGAGAGUGGAUACAGCCCAUGCGGAGUCCGUAAGCAAGAGCAGCGGUGCCUUCCUCGACCGAAAACGCAUCUUUAGUGACAAUCGAUUGCCGGCCAAGAAAACGAAGUCUAUUUUGGAACUUGCGUGGAUUGCAUACAACGAUAAAGUCCUGAUCCUACUCUCUGUCGCUGCAGUGAUAUCUCUUGCAUUAGGUAUCUAUGAAGCAGUGACAGCCAAACCGGGAGAGCCAAGAGUCCAGUGGGUGGAAGGGGUUGCUAUUAUGGUUGCUAUCUUAGUGGUCGUCGUUGUCGGGGCGUUGAAUGACUGGAAGAAGGAACAACAAUUCGUGAAACUCAAUAAGAAAAAGGAGGAUAGGAAAGUCAAGGUCAUACGUUCCGGAAAGUCUGUUGAGAUAUCCGUGUUUGAUGUCUUGGCUGGUGAUGUGAUGCAUCUUGAACCUGGAGAUCUUGUUCCGGUGGACGGUAUCUUCAUUGAGGGGCACAAUGUGAAAUGCGACGAAUCUUCUGCCACCGGUGAAUCAGACCUUUUACGAAAAGUUCCUGGCGACGAGGUUUACCGGGCAAUUGACAACCAUGAGUCUCUCAAAAAGUUGGAUCCAUUCAUCCUAUCCGGGUCUAAAGUCUCAGAAGGAGUUGGUACGUUUCUGGUUACGGCAACAGGUGUUAAUUCCUCCCAUGGCAAAACAUUACUUUCGUUACAGGAAGAGGGCCAAACAACUCCACUGCAGUCAAAGCUCAAUAUACUAGCAGAAUAUAUCGCCAAAUUGGGCCUUGCUGCAGGAUUGUUGCUAUUCGUCGUGCUAUUCAUCAAGUUUCUGGUACGUCUACGGGGAAUUGAGGGCGGCUCAACGGAAAAGGGCCAGGCUUUUCUUCGAAUCUUCAUCGUUGCAGUCACCGUUAUCGUUGUUGCUGUGCCUGAAGGCUUACCUCUUGCCGUUACAUUGGCCCUCGCCUUCGCAACCACCCGAAUGUUGAAAGAUAAUAACUUGGUGAGACUGCUAAGAGCAUGUGAAACCAUGGGCAACGCUACAACUAUUUGUUCCGAUAAAACUGGCACACUUACCCAAAACAAGAUGACUGUUGUCGCUGGCACCUUUGGCACUGCUUCUCGAUUCGGCGACAAUGUUGCUGCUGCAUCCAGUGGACCUGAUCAGUCAGAAAACAGUCAAGGAACCGCAGACUCCAGUGAAGUCCCGCCGGCUGAAUGCAUUAAAACAUUGUCAUCAGAUGUGAAGAAUGUUCUGAAGCAGAGCAUCACAUUGAACUCCACGGCGUUCGAAGCGGAGGAGGACGGCGAAAUCACUUUCGUGGGCUCUAAAACGGAAACGGCAUUGCUAGGGUUUGCACGCGAUUACCUAGGAUUAGGCUCUCUAAAUGAAGAAAGGUCCAAUUCUGAGGUGGUACAGCUUGUUCCAUUUGAUUCUGGUCGGAAAUGUAUGGCCACGGUUAUCAAACUCCAGAACGGAAAGUAUCGAAUGCUGGUGAAAGGCGCCUCCGAAAUCCUUAUCUCCAAAUGUUCAAGGAUACUGCGGGAUCCCACGGCCGAUCUUUCUGAUAUUGCUCUCUCAGAAAAACACCGUUCAACUCUCAACAGCAUGGUCAUGCAUUAUGCAUCGCAGUCCCUCCGUACUAUCGGAUUGGUAUACAACGAUUAUGAGCAAUGGCCCCCCCGCGGAGUUCCAACCCAAGAGGACGAUCGUCGACUUGCUUCUUUUGACGCUGUCUUCAAAGACCUCGUUUUCUUGGGUGUUGUCGGCAUUCAAGACCCGCUUCGCCCUGGCGUGGCUGAAUCCGUCCGGCAGUGUCAGAAAGCCGGUGUCUUUGUACGAAUGGUUACCGGAGAUAAUAUUAUAACUGCGAAAGCAAUUGCGCAAUCGUGUGGGAUUUUCACCGCUGGUGGAAUUGCUAUGGAGGGUCCUAAAUUUCGAAAGUUGAGUUCUUAUCAGAUGAACCAGAUCAUUCCAAGAUUGCAGGUUCUUGCGCGAUCAAGCCCGGAAGACAAGCGAAUUUUGGUAUCUCGACUUCAAAAGCUCGGUGAAACGGUGGCAGUAACCGGUGAUGGCACCAAUGAUGCCCCUGCUUUGAAAGGAGCUGAUGUGGGAUUCUCGAUGGGUAUUGCUGGAACUGAGGUUGCAAAAGAGGCGUCGGCCAUCAUUCUCAUGGAUGACAACUUUAAUUCUAUCGUUAAGGCAAUGGCCUGGGGUCGAACCGUCAACGACGCUGUUAAGAAGUUUCUGCAGUUCCAAAUUACUGUGAACAUCACUGCGGUCUUCUUGACGUUCAUCUCGUCUGUCGCCAGUAACGAAGAAUCUUCUGUACUUACCGCCGUUCAGCUCUUAUGGGUCAACCUCAUCAUGGACACCUUUGCUGCCUUAGCUCUUGCAACGGAUCCGCCGCCGGAUACUAUUCUUGACCGCAAACCGGAGCCGAAAUCGGCGCCUCUAAUUACUCCGACAAUGUGGAAAAUGAUCAUAGGCCAGUCGAUAUAUCAGCUAGUCGUGACCCUUAUCCUCAACUUCGCGGGCAAAAACAUUCUUAACUACGGCCAUUCUGAGGAAGACGAAGCACGAUUCCGUGCUCUAAUUUUCAAUACGUUCGUUUGGAUGCAAAUUUUCAACCAAUACAACUCCCGGCGUAUUGACAACCAAAUCAAUAUUUUUGAAGGAUUACUCAGUAACAAAUGGUUCAUUGCUAUUCAGUUUAUCAUCACAGGAGGUCAGGUUCUGAUCAUUUUCGUGGGUCGCACCGCGUUCGCUGUCCGUCCCCUCAAUGGAACGGAGUGGGGUGUCUCCGUGAUUCUCGGUCUCAUAUCGCUACCUGUUGCGAUCAUCAUUAGACUGAUACCAGAUGAGUUCCUCCGCAAACUGAUACCCCGUUUGUGGUCCCGGAAACCUCGCAGUCCUCGAGUGUUUGUCUCUGAUGAGGAUCAACGAUAUGAAUGGAACCCGGCAUUGGAAGAGAUCCGUGAUCAGCUACAAUUCUUGAAAACGGUGCGAGGUGGAAGACUCAACCAUCUUAAGUAUAAGCUUCAGCACCCACAGACGUUGCUUCCUCGGUCGCGAAGUGGUUCAAGGUCCCGAGACCAUUCGGUUCCUCCAACUCCACAAGGCGAUAAUGAAACUGAGGUCAACGGUCGCGUACCAUCAACGCCAGAUUCACGCAUGAGGAACCGUGGUCGAUCGAGAUCAAAUUCUGCAUUUGGUCCUGCUGCUGCUAUGGCAGGUAUAGUUGCGGGAAGUAUUGCAGGCUGGUCUCCUGUUGAAAGAGCCGGGGGUGAAAAUGAUUCGAUUAAAUUUUCACGGUCGGGUCCCGGGGCCCUCGAUCAGCAGGAAGGUAUUGAAAUACAUCCUGACACUCGGGAUGACGACCCCGUUGUCAGCGAUUAUUCUACCACCAGCAAGAUACCUCCAAGCCAGAAUCCGGAUUUAGUUCCAGACUUCAUGCACGCAUCCUCUUCUAAUCUACAGCAACCUCGCCGGUCAAAUUCCCGCCAAUCUGCAUCUAGGCAUUCGGCGACGUCGUCUGCUGGAAACCAACCAAAGAUAUAAGUCUUGUGGGCGUGCGGUUGGUAUACGCCACUCGAUUCUUUUUUUUUUUUUCUAUUUUUCUUCGCUUCUUCUCACUCAUAGAUUUCUACCACCUUGGGCCUCAUAAUCGAUGCCUCCUACCAUACUAUUUUAUUAAUGGUUGGCUGAUGUUGAGUUUUAUCUGACUUUAUCAUGGCUUAUUGCUCUGCGAAUUGGUGUUCUAGACUAAUCUUUUAUGGCCUCUGGCUGGAGUUCGGGCUGCUUUUUAUAUCCGCUGUCGGGUCACUCUCUCCGUCUUCCCUUUCCCAAUCAUACAAUUUGAUCCGCCUUCUUUUUAUUUCUUUGCCUCUAUCUUUGCCUCGUGUCAAUGGCGAAAUGGUGAGUUGUUGAAUCCCACAGAUAUCCCAAUUCACUCAUCUUUUUCUUUUUUUUCAAAUCCACUUCUUUCAUUCAUGGUGUCAGGUUGGAAGGUCAGGCUGGGGACUCGUGUGUGUUUUCUCUUGAACCGCCUGCUCUCAUUUUCUUCUAUUUGUUCUAAGAUACAUACAUAUUCCCUCUACAGAGUCCGCUCGCAUGUGCUAUUAAUUCCUUUACCUUUUCGUUUACUACUUAUCAGUUCAAUUACCUCUGUAAAUAUGACCGGGUUCUACACUUUUGUAAAUGACUACUGAUCUAUAAGUGAUUCUCUUCAUUC